UUAUGUUUCUUAUAUAAAUAAAACCCAAGGUGGCGGCUCAUUCAUCUUUCACUCUUCAUAUCAUAUCAAUGGGUAGAGCUACAAGUUCUUCCUCACCAUCAUCAUCUUUCGAAAGCAGCACUAAUUACCAUCACUUUGCUGCUUCGUCUGCUUCAUCUCACAUGGAUUUCACCACUGAUCUUAGACUUGGUCUUAGCAUUUCAGCUUCCCCAAGGGAACAACCACCGGAUUGGCCGCCGCCGGUGAAACUAAGGCCAGCGUAUGGUGAAGAAGAACAUGAGUGCAACAGUGCAACUUUCUUUGUUAAAGUCUACAUGGAAGGGAUUCCCAUUGGGAGAAAACUGGAUUUGUUAGCUCAUGAUAAUUAUUACGAGCUUAUAAGAACACUUCAACACAUGUUCAACACAAAUAUUAUCUGGGCUGAAGCUGAGGUUGAUGGUGACCAUUAUGAAAAAUACCAUGUGUUAACAUAUGAAGAUAAAGAAGGGGAUUGGAUGAUGGUUGGUGAUGUACCAUGGGAGAUGUUCUUGUCAGCUGUGAGGAGAUUGAAGAUAAGCAAAUGUUGAAUUUUGAUGCAAAAAAAGGAAAAAGUUUUCUACUUUUUAGCGUUUUUUUCUGUUGUGUUUAGUUUUAACUUGUGGAGUGAUAAUGAAUGGGUAGGUAGAAAAAUAUAGGGUGGAAUAUGUUUUUAGGAUUUGGAAGGUAAAAAGAAAAACCUCAUACUAUGAUGACAAGAGUAUCAAGCAUCUGUUUUUUUGCUCUUUAGGCUGUGUAAAUAAAGCUCUUCUUUUUUCCUUUUCUUUUU